ACUUGAACUUGCAGCUCAGGGGGGCUUUUGCCAUUUUUUCAUCUCUCUCUCUCUUUUCAAAAAAGCCAUGACGGCUAUCCCACAAUCCAUCUUCCCUGCGCCAUCUUUGUAUUAUUUCUAAUUUAUUUUGGAUGUCAAAGGCAUUGAUGAAGAUAUUUUCUCUGGAGUCUCCCUUCUAACCCGGCUCUCCCGAUGUGAACCGAGCUGAAAGCCACCACCAACCACCAUGUCUCGCCGCAAGCAAGGCAAACCCCAGCACUUAAGCAAACGGGAUUUUUCGCCCGAGCCCCUGUCUGCCGUGGUCUCGGAGGAGAGGCAGGAACAGCGUGGGCUGGUACAGGUAGCUCCAGAGGGAGACCAGGACCUGCUCACCUGUGGCCAGUGUCAGAUAAACUUCCCUUUGGGAGACAUCCUUAUUUUCAUUGAACACAAAAGGAAGCAGUGCAAUGGCACUUUGUGCAUGGACAAAGCAGUGGAUAAGCCCCCAUCACCCUCGCACGGUGAGCUGAGGAGAGCCUCCAACCCCGUGGAGGUGGGCGUCCAGGUCACGCCGGAGGAUGAUGACUGCUUAUCGACGUCUUCUCGAGGAAUCUGUCCCAAACAGGAAAACAUUACAGGUAAAGAUGAACCCAGCAUCUACACUUGCACAACCUGUAAGCAGCCGUUCAGCAGUGCCUGGUUUCUGCUGCAACAUGCCCAGAACACUCAUGGCUUCCGCAUCUACCUUGAGAGUGAGUGCGGAAGUCCGCUCACGCCCCGUGUGGGAGCUCCUUCAGGAAUGGGUGCAGAUUGCUCUUCUCAGCCCCCCUUGCAUGGCAUCCAUCUCCCAGAGGGAAGCCCAUUCAACCUGCUGCGGAUACCCAACUCUGGACACGACGGACCCCCUCUUCGAGAGGGUCGAUUUCCCCCUACGCCGCCUCUCUUUAGCCCUCCACCCCGCCAUCACUUGGACCCUCAUCGCAUGGAGCACCUGAGCCCGGAGGAGCUGGCUUUGGCCACCCACCACCCGAGUGCCUUCGACAGGGUGCUGCGCCUCAACCCCAUACCAAUGGAUCCGCCAGCUAUGGACUUCUCUCGUAGAUUGAGGGAGCUGGCUGGUAACACCUCAGGGUCAACUCCUCCUCUCUCACCCAACAGGCCCAGUCCUAUGCAACGGCUACUACAACCAUUCCAAUCAGGAACCAAGCCACCCUUUCUCUCCACCCCUCUUCUACCUUCCAUGCAGUCCCCCUCUGGCUCUCAGUCCACCCCGACCCCUCUUACGCAACAGUCCAACACGCCCAUGAAGAGCAAGUCUUGUGAGUUCUGUGGGAAGACCUUCAAGUUCCAGAGUAAUUUAGUUGUGCAUCGACGCAGUCACACGGGUGAGAAACCCUACAAGUGCCACCAGUGCGACCAUGCCUGUACGCAGGCCAGCAAGCUGAAGCGGCACAUGAAGACACACAUGAACAAGUCAUCGCCCAUGACGGUCAAGUCCGACGAUGGCUUGUCCACAGCCAGCUCCCCUGAGCCUGGAACCAGCGAUUUAGUGGGUAGUGCCAGUAAUGCCCUCAAGUCCGUGGUAGCCAAAUUCAAAAGUAAAAACAACCGUCUGAUUCCAGAGAAUGGAGAGGAAGAAGAGGAAGAGGAACAGGAGGAGGAGGAGGAAGAAGAGGAGGAAGAGGAAGAGGAGGAAGGAGAGGAGGAAGAGCUGGAGAGAGAGGGAGGUAGAAACAACUACCACUUCAGCCUCAACCUCGAGGCUGCACGGCACCACGAGAACAACGGCAGACGUCUGGGUGGGGGUGAGGACGGGAUCCCACGUUCACUGCCUGAGGUUAUGCAGGGCAUGGGCUUGGCAGCCAGCAUGCAGCACUACAGUGAGGCAUUUCAUCAACACAAGCGAGGAGCCCUAAACUCUGACAAUAAUGCACAUAGGGACAUGUGUGAUGAGGACUCGGCUCUGGAAUCAGACAGAGUGGAUGAGGGCUGUGGCUCAGCUAUCAAUGGUCGAGGCUCAUCCCCCAGUGAGUCUGCCUCUGUUGGUUUGUCCAAGAAACUCCUACUGGGCAGUCCCAGCUCACGUAGUCCUUUCUCCAAACGAAUCAAGCUGGAGAAGGACUUUGACCUCUCCACCUCUACAAUCCCCAAUACUGAGAAUGUCUAUUCCCAGUGGUUGGCUGGCUAUGCUGCCUCUCGGCAGCUGAAGGACCCCUUUCUGAAUUUCGGGGACUCCAGACAAUCGCCUUUCGCCUCGUCUUCAGAGCACUCCUCAGAGAAUGGAAGCCUGCGCUUCUCUACGCCACCAGGGGACCUGGAUGGCGUCUCGGGCCGCAGCGGAACUGGUAGUGGCGGCAGCACGCCACACCUUGGGGGUCCUGGUCGGCCCAGCUCAAAAGAUGGCCGACGCAGUGACACCUGCGAGUACUGUGGCAAAAUAUUCAAAAACUGCAGCAAUCUGACAGUGCACCGGCGCAGCCACACGGGUGAGAGGCCUUAUAAGUGUGCGCUCUGCAAUUAUGCCUGCGCUCAGAGCAGCAAGCUAACACGGCACAUGAAAACGCACGGGCAAGUGGGCAAGGACGUUUACAAAUGUGAAAUCUGUCAUAUGCCUUUUAGUGUGUACAGCACCCUUGAGAAACACAUGAAAAAAUGGCACAGUGACCUUGCAUUGGACAACGAAAUUAAAACUGAGUAGCGGUGGAGUGUGGUAGCUCACUUGCCUGUUAACAGCGAAUAACACCCCACUCCCACCCUCAUCCUUGUAGAUUUCCCUGUUUCGCUAGUCCAGUGGCGGCUGAGACAACGUGCUUGGCACCACCAGCACACCCUUUUCAUUUACCGUUGAAUGCAUGAUCUGUAUCGGGGCAAUACUAUUGCAUUGACGCAAACUUGGAGCCUUUCUCUUGUGCAAUAAUUUACAUGUUGUGUACUUUUUAUUUUUUCUUCACCAUUUUGGAAAAUUUGACAGCAUGCAUGAUAUAUUUUGGCUAAUUUUUAAAAAUAAAUUGUCCCUGGUUGGUUAGUUGUUUAGUAAAUGUGUUGCUGUUUUAUCGUUCAUUAUUUUAUAAAUGUUUUUUUCUUUAUUUUUCUUUUUUAAGAUCAAAGAAAUAGAAAAGAAAAAACAACCAUGCUGCAUACAUUCUGUAAUACAUAUCAUGUACAGUUUUGUGUUGUAACAUGGAGGACUACAGGCUAUCGCUUAAUCCUCUUUGGACGGGCUGGAUAUA